AAACUUGAAGCACCUCAGCUUCUCUUUAAAAGAUAUAGCAAAAGAUUGGAAAUAUCAGAGGGAAUAAAAUGUCUUCCUGGUCUGCUGAGAAUGCCACGAAAGCUUAUCUCACAACUUUGAAAAUGGGGCAAAAGGCUAAGGAACCAGACGUAGCUGAGUUUAUUUCAGCGCUAGCAGCAGGCAACAACGCACAGCUGAUGGUUGUGGCCUGUGCUGGUGCUGCGGACUCCACCACGCUAGCCUUGGUCGCCGCUGCUCACCCAACUGGUGGCCGUGUAGUUUGCAUCCUUCGUGGGCUUCAAGAGCUGCAUCUGUCCCAGGAAGUCCUAGGCCUUGAUGCAUGUCAUGUUGAAUUCGUUAUAGGGGAAGCUCAAAAGCUAGUCUUAACCCAAUAUAGGGAUGCAGAUUUUGUGCUUCUUGACUGCAAUCUUGAGAAUCAUGGAGGAAUUCUCAAGGCAUUGCAAGUGGUAAGGAAGCAAAGGGAUGUGGUGGUUGUGGGAUAUAAUGCAUUCUGCAAGGAGUCUUGGUGGUCUGGGGGAUCAAGAACUCAGUUGUUGCCCAUUGGAGAAGGGUUGCUGCUGACCAGAAUUGCUGCAAAUGCCAAAAGUGCCGUCAGUGGCUGUGGAAUUGGGAAGAGUCACUGGGUUGUUAAGGUUGAUAAAUUCACAGGUGAAGAGCACGUUUUCAGAGUUAGAUUUCCACAAGGAGCUUAAAGCUUCUGUUUCUUUGCUCCCUUGAUUUGGUUGGCAUAGGAGAAGACUCAUUGCCUCCAUUUUCUUCCCACCAGAACUAAUGGAGCAUAAAUUUAGUUGUAUUACAGUGCAUUAGGAGCCUGUUCUUAAAAAGCUCUGAA